AUGCCACCUACAAAACAGGUACUGACGUUUUCCUCGCAUGUGGUGCAUGGGUAUGUUGGAAACAAGGCAAUGACAUUCCCAUUGCAGUUACGAGGUUGGGAUGUUGAUGCCAUAAAUACAACCAACUUUUCGAAUCAUCCGGGAUACGGACAAUUCAAGGGACCCAAGGUGGAACCCGAGGUAAUAACUGAAAUACACACAGGUUUAGAGAACAUUGAUUGCGAAUAUGAUAUAAUACUAACAGGCUAUGUGGCAUCGGCUCAGACCCUACAGGCAGUUGUACAGAUAUGUUCUGUCCGGUUGAAACGAAAUCCAGAAUGUAUUUGGAUACUUGACCCUGUGUUGGGAGAUAAUGGAAGAUUAUAUGUCAGUGAGGAUAUAAUUCCACACUACAAGGAUCUUUUCAAGACCAAUCUGGUGACACUGGUGACCCCAAAUCAGUUUGAGAUGGAGGUUCUCACUGGCGUUAAAAUUAACUGUUUGGACUCUUUGAAGGAGUCAAUUCAGAAGUUUCACCAGAUUUACGACGUCAAAAACAUCGUGGUAAGCUCAGUAUGCAUAAAAGGAAUAGACAACCUAAUUUGCGCUGGAUCAACAAAGGGGAACUCAGCCAGUUGGUGCUACUUCGAAAUUCCCCAAUUAGAUGCUAUAUUCUCUGGAAGUGGAGAUCUGUUUCUGGCCAUACUGGCAGACUCGUUCUCGAAGCACAGAUCAAUGGGUUCUGAUCUUGAACAGGGAUUGGAUUGUCUUCUGCUUGCUUUGUCGGAAACCAUAUCUGUGGUGGAGGAUGUGUUGCAAUUGAGCUAUGAUAUUGAAAUUGCAAAAACGAAAAUGGACCAGAAGUUCAGGGACAAACUUUACAUUCCAGAUCUCAAGAUUGUUCAGUCCAGAGAUACCUUUUUGAAACCAAAUUUGCGCAAGUACAAGGCAACCCUUCUUCCAUUUUGA